AGCGUAUUUUAAACAUAAACUUAAUAAGGAAAAAUGUUAAUAAGGAAUAAACAGUUGAAACAACUAUUGGAGCAAAUCCAAGAUGACUGUAAUUUGCUGAAGGAUAAAUUAGAAAUUGAUAUUCUAGAAAAUUAUGCUAGCAACGUAAGACUUUUCACGCAAUCUGUACUGGGGUUUUGUUGUAUUAUUUUAUUUAUUUUUUCAACAUUACAAUACUUGCCGUUCAUUCUUCACAUAUUACCGUUCAACAAAUCACAAUCUCUUCAGCUUCUUUCUUUUACGGAAUAUCUUAUCAUUCCGGAUAAAUAUAUUUACGUUAUGAUGUUACAUGAAUUUUUAACCAUUUAUGUAGGACUGGCUACAGUACUUGGCACUGGUUUGACAAUUAUGAUAUAUGUAGUACAUAUAUGUGUGCUUCUUAAAAUUGCCAGUUACCGAAUAGAAAAUAUUAUUGAGAGGAAUAUAUUAGUGAUAUCUAGUCCGAGAAGAGAACAUCUUGUUUACCGGAGGAUCAUACAUGCGAUUGUUAUACAUCAAAGAGCUAUUGAGUAUCAUAAAUUUUUCAUGUCUGUUUUCCUGAAACCAUUUGGUUUUCUGGUCAUAAUUGGGAUUGGUAGUAUAAUUUUUGCUCUUUUUUUAUUCUCUCAACAAAUGGCAGCAAAUAAUAAAGGUAUGGCGCUAGCAUCUUUUGCAUUAAUACAAAUAUAUUUAAUUUAUUUGUUUGUCAGUAACUACGGGGGACAAACAGUAAUUGAUAAUGGAAUAAUUUUUUCCGAAGCUAUUUAUAAUGGAUUAUGGUAUGCAGCGCCAUUAUCUACGCAAAAAUUGUUAUUAUUUGUAAUGCAAAGAGGAAGAGCGUACCUUUCUUUAACGUUUUACAAUGUAAUCGUUGCAUCCUUUGAUGGUUUCGCUAUGCUCAUGAAAAUGUCAGUGUCUUACUUCAUGGUGCUUAAUUCUACACAAAAGUAGUGAGUCACCCAACAAAAUUAAUUUCCAAUUAAUUAGAUUUUUUAUUAAAUUAAUAUUUUUGUGUAAAAAAGUACAAUAUUCUAACAAUGAUAGUGAGAGUGGAAUGCGGUAAUUAAUGCACAAUUCAAUUAUAAAUUUUUUUAUAACGUUUAUUAGAUAUAAAAUUGAUCAAAUUAGAAACACAUUUAUGUGUAACACAUGCAUAAAGAUUUGUUGAAUAUAUGAUACUAUUGGAGCCGCAUGGCAAAGGUACUCUACUUUCUUUCGUGUUUUUUUUUUUACACUAUUUUGAUGAUAGUUUUGAAAUAUAUAUGCAAAUAUAAAAAAAUUGCACAUUUUAAUACAUUUAAUUGUUUAUAACUUUAUUAAUGAUGAGAAAGAGCAAUAAUCUUGAUCUUCUUAAAGAUUAAAGUCAAGGUAAAGAUCAGUCGGAAGUCUGAAUGUAAAAGAAAUUUACUUUUUUAUUUGUUUUCUAUUUGUACUUUUUAUGAUAUUGCUGGGGCAGUGCUUUUAACAAAUAUAUAUGAAAACUUUUUGUAUCGAAAUUUUAACUAUUAUUGAUAUAAGCGGAACUAAAAUUUAUAAUAUAUAUACUUAUACGUUCAAAUAAUAUAUAAACAAGCUGAAUUUAAAAAAAUUUUUUGAAUUGCACAUAUUUUUUCAAACGUAUAUGUUUAAUAUAUAAUGAUUACAAUUUUAAUCCUUUGUUCACAUAUAUUUUCUGGCCCCUUUUCUACACACGUUUGAGAUGCGAUGCUUCGAAUUUUCUUUUAUGAGUACAAAAGUGUUCUUUAAUGACUUUUAUGUACUUGUAUAUAUGUUCAUGAAUAUCUGUAGUACAACUAAAUCGCUAAUUUAUCAUUUUAGGAACCACGAACAUGACAAGUUAAUAAUAGAUUUAUAAUAUAGAUUUUUAUGUAUGUAUUUUAAUAUCUCUAAAAUGAUUUAUAUAAUUGUUUAAAACAUAUUUAAAAUGUGAACAAACUAUUUUAAAAUUAAUUAAUUUUUAAAAAUUAAAAAGUUGUAAGUACAUAAAUUAUAAUUAAUUAUAGUGAUUUUUAUUUUUCAAAGAAAUUUAUAGAACAAUAUUGUCCAAUUAUAUAUACAACGGUUGAUAUUAUAACCUUCUACGAACAUUCUAAUAAUAAAUUCAAUAAAUGGUAAA